AAUUGGACCGGGGGACUAGUCUUCUACACAGGAUCGAAAUAUUAUCACCUUAUUCAUGGCUCCCUCGUAGAGAAAAUGAGCGGACAUGAAGGGAUUGACAACUCCGAGGAACUACGACAAAUGGAGCUUUAUAAAACACCUCUGAGGGACUGGCAACUUACUCAGCUUGUUUUGAGCCAUCAGUUUGUCUUAAUAGAUUCACGUUCUUGGUGGUGGACCAUUGAGCGAAACAAUAAAUACCUCCUCCUUCAAAGGAACCGUAAGUAUGACGUGGUUGGAGAUUAUAACGAAGAAUCCCUCAGAAACACUCCAGUAGAGGAAAUAAAACGUGGCGAUUGCAAAGGAACAAUGAAAGAUUUGAUUUGGUAUUUCUAUGGGAAGAAAGAGCUAAAGAAAAAAUACAAUUUUGUGGAUAAUAAUUGUAAAAUAUUCGCAAAUGCUGUGUUCGAUAGAUUUGUGGUAGAGGGCACGGUCAGAGGAAGAUGUUAUAUUAUGUGA